ACUUUGAAGGUAAUGAUUUGUGCACAUAAUAUAUGAAUAUUAAAAUUAUAGAUUUUAUUGAAUGAUAAUAUUAUUGCAGAUUCGCAGGGCAGUCCAAUCUGCAAGGAAGGCUCUGAUGGCAGAAUUUGUCCCAAGGAACCUCGGAUUUUCCCACAUCACAAGGGAAGAGAUCAUUCAGACCCAUACAAGGCCACUUGCACAACAAAUUCUGUCCAAUGUAACAUCUGCACCUGCAAUAUUAGUGUUGGACGGAACUCAUAUCUAUAUUCAAAAAAGUGGAAACUACACCUUCUCCAGACGAUCUUUCAGUAUGCACAAGCGAAGACCCCUUUUAAAACCCAUGAUGAUCGUCUCCACAACAGAAUAUAUCGUCAGUGUCCUUGGACCUUAUCUGGCAGAUCCAAAGAACAAUGACUCCUCUAUUCUCAACCAUUCGAUUCAUUCAAACACAGAUGAAAUAAAGACCUGGGUCAGAGAGGACGAUAUAUUUGUUGUUGAUAGAGGUUUCCGGGAUUCAGAAUCACUUUUGAAUGACCUGGGUAUACGUAUGGAGAUGCCUGCGUUUAUCCCGAGGGGCCAGAAGCAAUUGUCUACAGAGGAAGCUAACAGUUCUAGACUUGUAACAAAGGUCAGAUGGGUUGUUGAAUCCGUAAAUGGAAGAAUAAAGACAUGGAGAUAUCUUGGUAAAACACUUCCAAACAGCCAGAUCCCGUGUAUUGGAGAUUAUGUUAGGAUUGUCUGUAGUCUUUGUAACAAGUACCGGCCUCCUAUCAACUCUGGAACAUUUGAUGACGAUAUCACCAUUGCAUCAACAAUGACAAUGUUGGCCAAAAAGACAAACGAACUUCAACAGUUUGUUCUUGAAAAUGGGCUUGGUAAAAGAUCCAUGAAAUGGACUUCCAUCGACGCUGACAGCAACACCAUCACCGAUUUUCCCAGGCUUACUGAGGGAGAUAUCAGAAACCUCACAAUUGGUGUCUAUCAGCUAAAGACGGCAAAAUCAUAUGCGGCAGAACAUCUUACAGAUGAUGGAUUAUUUGAAAUUUUUGUGAGCGAUGAUAUACCCAAUAUUGUCAGUGCCAAAAUUCAAAGCCGCCACACUUCAUCUAAAAAGUAUUCCUUAUGGAUAAAAUACGAUAUCACCAUCUUGUCCUGGUAUUGUACCUGUAAAAAUGGAUCCCGGGUUGUUGGAAUGUGCGGUCACAUAUCCUGUAUUAUCUGGUAUUUAGCCUUUGCUAGAUAUCAGAACGAGUCUUGCGGUAUUCGUGACUGGACAGAGGAAGUGGAUGAUGCGGCGAGAUCCAUCGACAGCUCCGAGGAUGAGGAUACUGUCGAUUAUGAUGGACAAGAAGAGUAGUGCAAACCAUACUUUUGUUUAACGUUAAUUGACGAUAUUUAGUUAAUCACGCCCAAAAUGAUUUUUAUCAGUUAGUAAUUGUACAUGUAGUAAAAAUUUUGAAAUAUUACAUUUUAAAUCCACAUUUCAUCUAAUUAUGUAAAGUAAUGUAGAGUGCAUCGUAACUUUCACAUUAUUUCAUAAAACACAUUUCAUGCUGAAAUUGUGUUUUACAGACCGAUGUUAUUGCUGUUUUUAUUGGGGGAGGGGUGGAGAUCUUUGUAAUAAUGACACGUGGAUAAUUAAUACAGAUUUAAGUUACUCCAGUUAAAUUCAGUACAGUCCUGACUAAUCAUUUAUGGAGAAGUAGAAUAUUGGGUUACCAUUUUAGAUUAUUUAUCAUAACUAAUUGAAAAUAACUGCAAUAACGUUACAAUGCUACAAACAACGUCAUUAAAAAGUUAUUAAAAAAAACUCAAUAUUUGAGCAGUUGCAGAAAUGGAAAUAAUGAAGAUAUCCUCAAAACCUUUAUAUUUAAUGAAGUAAUACACUUAUAUCUAUAUUUGGGUACAAUAUUGUCCAAUUUGAAGAUUGGGCCAUUUAAGUCAU